AGGCUUUGGGCUACUUAAAGCAAUAAAAUGAAAACAAACUGUUUUUUUGUGGGCUUGUUUCUGUGGAGUCGCGUGUAGUUGGAUACGUUCACAAUGAACUUGUUUACAUAGAGUAAUAUGAUCUGUUGUGAUGCCUAAAGGCGGGCUGUUUGUCGCUGUAGUAUUUGGAUGACGUCCCCUGAGUUAAUACGACUGUUAUAAACUGUUGAUAAAAUCGCCGAAGAGGAAGCACGUGUCUGUCCCAGUAAAGCUGAGGCCACCGCUUCAUUUACAGGUUUGCACACAAAUAUUACGAACUGCGCGUGCAACAACACUCCCACAUCUAGUCGCGGACACUUGUUUUCCAGUGAAGUGACACACACACUCAUGCACUCUCACGCACACGCCGGUAAUCGGUGUUGAUCGGCUUGGCUGGGGCUUCGAGCUCAGUGGGAGACGCGCUGUGACUGAGUGUCAUGGCCGCCGCCCGCUGCUGACGAACCGGGUUACAAUAUGAGGACGCGCGACUCCACGAGUCUAUAAUAUGAACAUGGAAGUGGAACAGAAAAACCCAAGCAGCCACAAUGAGGAUCAAGCUGGUGACAGUGACAGAGGCAACUGGCGUAGACGCCUGAGACUCAGGAAAUCCCCAGCUGUGAAAAGUACAGUUGAAGACCAGAAAGUCGAUAAAAAAUUGACCAAGGAGUCACAAAACGAACAAAACGAUCACCAAGUAGUGGAGACCGCUAUCAGCAAGCUCGCAUUUACAUGCACUGAUUGCAAGGAUGGCACGAGAUUUAGUCCAGAUGGUUUGUUAAAACACUUUAAAAACUUUCAUGGAGGAAAAGGACACCCACCGUCUUUUCCUUGCGACAUGUGCAGUUUUGCUGCUUCUGAAUUUACUACCCUGCAGCAGCAUUACCUGAAACACAAACACUCUAGGCUCACCAGUGAGACGUACAAUGAUAAAGGCUUGCAAACGCCAUCCCAACUCACAAAGCAUUGUAAAACACACAACAAUCAAGGUCAAUGUGAAAAGUGCAAGUUUUCCACAAAGGAGCUCACACAUUUUGUACAUAACUCUUGUCCACACAACACUGCACCAGCUAUAGACAGUAGUGAAAAGUCAGGUGUUAACCCCAUGAAUGGUGAACUGAAUACGAAUCUUUUGGCUAACGCUGCAGGUGAACUACAAAAAGAUGCGCUACUAGACUACAUGACUAAUGCCUGCCACCGAGGGUGGAGCAGAAAGAACAGGUGGAGAAAUAGAGACGUUGCUCCAAAACAACCCAAAAAUACUGCUCCAGACGUCCUGAUUCCAAAAUCAGAAAUUCACUGGACAUCUGCAACAUUUCUGCCUUUCUCAGCUGCAGGUUUGCUCGAUGAAAAGGGCGAUCUACUACACCCAACACGGACCUUAGAGGAGACUAAGCAGUUUCUGGAAAGGACAGUUAAGUCUGGAAAAAAAUGGCCAGUGUCUCUAAAAGGUGAAACCGAUCUCUCAUCUCCGUCCUGUCCCGGGCCCUGCCUUUCUGAGCCAAAGAUGAAGCGAUGUGUCACACCACUUCCUGAGCUGAAUUCUGGGAGCGAUCUUUCCGGUCUCAUGGGAAAGAACAGUAUCUCAGUUCCACCUGAUUGCACUACAAAGGUUGUUGGUUUCAAGAGGGUGGAUGGGAAAAAGCAUCUUGUUCUUAAAGUCAUUCCUUCAGCCAAGCCAGAGGUUUCUUCAGACACAGGAGAAGAUCCUGUAGGAUUACACCAGGAUGAAGGAAACGAGAUACAAUUACACCCUCAUAUUGAGAGGCUCAGUGAUCAAAUGUGCGGUGAAUCAGACAAUGUUACCACUGCAGGUUCUGCAAUCAACGGCUAUGAUUCUACCUUAACUUCACACCAGCCCAAGAAACAAGGACUUCGCAAAGAAGAAGACCAAGAUACAAUAGGAGAUGCACCUCAGGUUGAUAACACUGAAAAUGACCGGUGUGCGUUCAAUGAAAAUCCUGAUGCAUUUGCACAACUCACUGUCUCAGGAAUAGAGGAGGUUUUUAAUGUAGUAAGUCAGCCAAAGAAUGUAAAACCAGCAUCUCCUGAGGUAAUAUUUAACUCUAAUGACACAAAUGACCUCAAUGGAGAAAAUGCAGUUGUGCCAGGGGAAGUAGGUUCUGUCAAUGAGGCAGAUAUCCAAACUCUGCAUACAAAUAUGCAGGAGAUAAGUGACACACCGAAACACACCGACAAUCAGGAAAAAGCAGCAAAAGAUUAUAAAGAAAUGAGUUCUGGCCCUUCCACAGGUCAAGAUGAUAAGUGUUGUGUUGAAAAUCUGUCUUCAAGUACUUCGUCUGAUUUUGACAGCAUGGAAGAGGGAAUCAACUCCCAGCUCUUAACCUUGAUGUCUGUGAAAGACAGGAGCCAUGAUAUAUACAUGAAGAACAUGGAUAAAAACUCGGGGGAAGAAGCAGCUGUAAUACAGAUACCUCCGGAUUACUGGAAGGAACAGAAAACGGAGAAAGUUUUAAACUCCUCCACAAACAAAAAUGGAGUAGCCAUGUUCGAAUCGAAUGUUAUUGAUCCAACUGUAGCAUCCCGUCACAAAAAUACUACAGACUCUCUAUUUAUUUCCCCAAGUGAACAUGGAAGCCUGUUUUUCCAAGACAAUGGAGAUGAGAACGCAAACAGCAUAGACCCUAGAUAUGCUCAUGUCCCCCUAGAUCAGAACUGUACAAUGGAAACUGUACAGGAACCUUAUUUAGCACCGUUAGCGCUUGAAUACUCUUGCCAUAAUCGAGACCUGUAUCAGACACUUGAAGAGCUCCCUGUUACCACAGUAAGCCAUUUGCUUGAUGAUUCUGAAGUUUCAUACAGAGGUAUUACCUCUCAGUCUGAACCAGGUAGCAUGGCCACCCAGCAAGUGGGUAUGCACUCACCCAAAACCAUACCAGUAGCAGCAGUGACUAAUGACAAGGCCUCUUCACAACUACCAGCAAUGAACGAACCUCCUAUCAGCAGGAGGAGACCGCGAGAACCAACCACAAUAGACUCUCAGGGACACAUCUCCAAAUGUAAAAGAAGGCUUGUUCGAAAUUCCAAAGAAAACAAGUCAUCGGCAUCUAUCCAUUACUGGGAACUGCCUGCUGCAGCAAUAGAAAGGACUCUGCGGCUCUUUCCCGUCCGUUCCUCGCAGCCUGUAAAAGUACCACGUUUCAACCAGCCCGUUGUAGUCCUCAAUCACCCGGACACAGAUAUUCCCGAAGUGGCAAACAUUAUGAGAUCAGUUCACAGACACAAAGGGGCUGUGCAAAAGGUCGUCCUUUCUCAGGGAACUCUAAAAGCCCUUUCAGAGCUUAACUGUGACACAUUCCACAAUAUACGUGCUGACAACUUGCAGUCGUCUCACUACAGAAGUGUGUGGCCUCAAGAGACAGUUAAAGAAAGGUUCAUGCUGAAACUGAAACUGAAGAGGUUAGGUGGGAAUAAGUUUAUGGUGUCAGAUCUAAGCUCUAAUGCUAACCAGAUUCAGCCAAGCUUCAGGUGCUGGUUUUGUGGUCGUAACUUUAGGAACCAGGAGGUGUGGGUAGGUCAUGGUCAGAGGCAUAUUAUGGAGGCUACACGCGACUGGAACAAGUUAUUCAACAAUGAAGGGCAGAGUUAUGGCGUCGAUCAACAAUCCUUCUAUUGAGCUUGUGUGAUUCAUAAGCAUUAUUUCAUGGAAGCCAUUUUUUGUGCAUUGAUUGUUCUAGAAGAUUUUGAGUAGGCUGGAACAAGGUUUAAACGUGCAAAGCUCAGGGUUUGCAAAACGGGUCAUGUAAUGUGUAUUUCCGGAUCGAGCGCGUCACUCUUAGUAGUGUUAGGUUGAUAAACCAUCUCAGGGACAGUAGGCCAACAGAAACAGAAUAAUUUAUUUAUUCUUUCUGCUUUGGUGUCAGCGUACGUUAUUGUACAAGCAAUACGCAUUAUUUAUAUAAAGAUUUCCAAAGCACUUGUUUAUAAUGUGUUUUCUGAUCAAAACGAAACGACGUUGCUGUAGAAUGUAUUUAACUGAUCUGAAAACAGCACUAUAAUGUUGUAUUACUUUAUUUAUAGCUUUAAUUCCUUCCAUCUAACUGAGGACAUUGAUUUUUAUUUCUUGAAUGUGCUGAUAAAUAUAUUAAUGUGCUAUUUGACUAAAAUCCAUCUUUAUUUUUUGCAUUAAUUUCAUAUACAUUAAUUGCUUGCUGGUUUUAAGCAAGUAGGCACAUGUCUGCUGUUUUUUUUUUUUUUUUUUUUUUUUUUUUUUUUUAAUAAAUGAGCCUUUACAAAGACAGAAUUAUUUAUUCAUUUGGACAAACACAACUGCAUUUGAGGUCUUUGCUAUUUGUUAUGUAACCUGAACAGAUGUACAUUUUGCUGUGAGAUCGCAAUCAAAUUUGACAAAGACUCUGGAAUUGUGAUAUUUAGCGACUACAGCAUUUCUCUAUAAUGUUAUCAUUGUCUUUUAUGUCCACAUGCAAUAGCGGUUCAACUGAAUUCAGGACGCUGCAGUUAGAAAGAUUUCAUCAUUCCUGAUUUGUAGCAGCAUCAGUGUUCUCAUUGACUGAAGUCUAUUUCAACUCCAUUUGUAUAUUUCUAUUGAAGGAGUGAUCUGUGUACAUCUCUUAUUUGUGAAACAUUUUUGUUGUAUUUAUUCAUCUCUGAAAGUGUUGCAACAAGAGACAAAUUUUGUUACUUCUAGUUAUAUUAUUAAUGGACUGACGGGACAGUUUGUGAUGGAGUGGUUAUUAAUUGUAGCACUGG